AUGGGGAACGCGUAUAUCUUCAGUUUGCAGCCGACCUUCACGCAGGGUCUUAUCCUCGGGCAAUUCUCCGUCUUCUUCCUACUUGUUCUCAUCCUCAAAUACCUCUUCUUUGAUACCGUCUCGGAGCACAGCAACAAGGUGUCGUCGUACCUGCCAAAGGUUGAGCGUGAUGACGAGGAUGACGAGUUCAACGCCAACUUGGAGCAACUGAAACUGAAGACGGAAGGUCAGUCGGUUCCGGAGAGUGCAGACUGGCUCAAUGUUUUGCUGCAGCAAGUAGCGGAAGUAUACCGCAUGAAACUGCGCGAUAAUAAGCCAGGACCAGAAGGAGACGAGGUCGCCCGCAAACGAGUGGAAAAAUAUGCAAAUCAAAUCCGCCCUCCGGGCUUCCUGGAUCCAAUCAAGGUGCACUCCGUAGAUUUAGGCGUCGUUGCGCCUCAGCUUUCUCGUGCACGUCGAAAGCACUAUAAUCCACCCGACUCGGCGAUUGAAUUCGACAUGACAUAUGUCGAUACCCUCUCCGUCUCGCUUUCCACCUCUGUACUAUUUAAUUACCCGUUCCCGGCCUUCGCACGCCUCCCCGUAUCCCUCACCGUCUCCCUGUCCCUGUUUUCUUCCUCCGUUCUUCUCACCCCGCCACAGCCCCAGUCUCCACACCCCACCAUCACAUUCACCCUUCCGACUCCACAAACUGAGUUCACACUCGAACUGCGCACCACAUCCCUCAUGGGCAGUCGCGCAAAACUGGCUGAUGUACCAAAAUUGCACGAACUCAUCACACAUCAGAUACGACGAGUGCUUGAGGAGAAAGGCACAUGGAAAGUCGUCCUCCCAGGACUGGCUACAGUGAAGGAGGUGAAGGAAGACGUCCUCAGGGAACAGAUGUUGGAGGAAGCACUCAGCUAA